AUGUCUUUUAAAGUAAGAAGUAGUAAGUUUCGUCAUGUUUACGGUACAGCUUUAAAACGUGAAUAUUGUUAUGACAAUAUUCGAGUAUCCAAAUCUUCGUGGGAUUCCACUUUUUGUGCGGUGAAUCCAAAAUUUGUGGCCUGCAUUGUUGAAUCAGCUGGUGGAGGCGCUUUUAUUGUUCUACCUCUUUCAAAGACUGGUCGAUUACCUGCUGAUCAACCUGUAGUUGGAGGUCAUAAGGGUCCAGUAUUGGAUAUUGCAUGGUGUCCGCAUAAUGAUAAUGUAAUUGCUAGCGGUUCGGAAGAUUGUGUGGUAAAGGUUUGGCAAAUUCCCGAUGGUGGUAUUACACGAACAUUAACUGAGUCUGUAGUAGAUUUAAUUUAUCACCAAAGGAGAGUUGGUCUGGUAUUAUGGCAUCCAACUGCUCGAAAUAUUUUGUUAUCUGCCGGAUCUGAUAAUCAAGUAGUAAUCUGGAAUGUUGGUGUUGGUGAACCACUAAUCCAUAUAGAUUGUCAUCCAGAUAUCGUGUUUAGUGCUUCAUGGAAUUUUGAUGGAUCACAAUUAUUGACAACGUGUAAAGAUAAAAAGCUGAGGCUAAUUAAUCCUAGAAGUGGAGAAAUUGAGCAGGAAGUAAUAUGUCAUGAAGGAAGCAAAGCAUCCCGAGGUAUAUUUUUAAAAGGAGGCCUUAUAUUUACAACUGGUUUUAGUAAACUUUCUGAAAGACAGUAUUCUUUGAGAUCUCCCGAAAAAUUAGAUGAUCCCAUUGUUAUGGUUGAAUUAGAUACAAGCAAUGGUGUUAUGUUUCCGCUAUAUGAUCCUGAUACUAGUAUGAUUUACCUGUGUGGAAAGGGGGAUAGUGUAAUUCGAUAUUUUGAAAUUACUGCGGAACAUCCAUUUGUUCAUUACAUCAAUACGUUCCAAACACCAGACCCUCAACGAGGAAUUGGCAUGAUGCCGAAACGUGGUUGUGAUGUAUCUAUUUGUGAAAUAUCAAAGUUUUAUCGCUUGAAUAAUUCUGGACUCUGUCAAGCAAUUAGCAUGACGGUUCCAAGAAAGUCAGAGUUAUUUCAAGAAGAUUUAUAUCCUGAUACUAUUGGAGAUAUUCCUGCAAUAGACGCUGAAGAUUGGUUUAAUGGUCAAGAUGCUGAACCUAUCCUGAUAUCAUUAAAAGAUUAUCAUCAGCCAACACGAUUGCCUACGGCUUCUGAAAUGAAGGUUGCUAAAAAGCCAAAUAUACUGGAUAAACCAUCAGCAAAUAAAACAGUCAAGUCCAGCUCAAACAAUACAACCGCACCUCCUGUAGCUAAACCACAAUUUACUCAGCCACAGCAGUCAAUUCCAGAUGAUAUCAUCAAAGAAUUUAAAGAGGAAAUUCGAAAGUUGAAAGCUAUGAUUGUAAAACAUGAAAAUCGUAUUAGAGCCUUAGAAGCUCGAGCAGCUGAGGAUACUACUGAUACAGCCAAAGAUAGUGGUGAUUCUCUUGUUCUUAAGAAUAGUGACCAGAAUGAUGUGGAAACCAAAGAUAAUGAUACAGAACAUGUGGAUACUAAUGAUGACGAUGACUAAAUUCUAUGGUACAAUAAUUUUUUUUAAACAAUUUUUUAGAACUUUGAGAUAAACUUGGUAAUUCUGGUUUUAUUUGCUAUAUUUAUGACAACACAUUAUUUAAUUACAAAAUAACAUGCUCAAAGUGGUUACAAUUCUACUUUUCUCUAGUCUUCAGUGUGUGUUUUUAAAAUUUUUAUUGUCGAUAAUAUAUUAAGUCAUGUUCCUCUUUUUCCCUCGAUUUGUAAUUGUCCUUUAAUUUAUAAUGAGUUAUAUUAUUAUUUGUAUUCUUUCAGCACUUUUUAUUAACACACAAAGUUACUUUGUUAAAUUCAUAUUGAAUAGAUUGAAUAAUUAUACCAACUAAAAAUAAUAUUAAUUAUUUACUGUUUGGUUGAAUUGGUCAGUUAUAAGUAAUAUCAAUCACAAUCUAGAAUCUUUUAAUUAAAAAUGUGCUUCCAAACAAAUUUAACUACUCCAUGAAUCUCUAGUCCUUGAUUGAGCAUUACAAUAAAUAUUUGAAACAAUAUUUUAUUGCAUAUAAAUAAAUGCUGGUAUGAAUACAAAGUGUUUCAUGAAACUAACAAUGUUUUGUGCUGAUAGAAUUUAAAAUGAUCUAUGUAACUUUAAUAAUAGAGACAAUUUUGACUGUAAAUUAUAAACAUUGAUUAAUUAAAAAAAAAAAAAAUUAUUUAUAAGAUAAUGUAACUAAGUGCUUGUGUUGAAAACAAAUUCUCAAAAACUUGCAUUCAAUAUUAAAUAUGAUAAACUUAUUAAUUGUUUUUAAUUAGCAUUUUUGAUUACAUUAAUAUAUACUUUACAUUUAACAACGAACUUUAGUUAUUUUGCUAUAGCUCAUAAUAAAUUUGUUAAUUAUAAGAUAGUAACCCAAUUAUUAUUUUAGUUUUAAUUCUGUCAGUAAUAUAAUAUCAAAUACAAUAAUUUAAAAAUUAUUGAUAUGGAUGUUCCAAUUAUAAAUUCUUUAAAUACAAAUUUAUUUAUUAAAAUAUCUAACAUUACUCAUAUCUAUGAUUCAUUGCAGUUAAAAACUGUAGUCAAUACCUAUUAAAAUGUUUUCAUUUUAUUUUGUAAAAAAUAACAAAAGAAACAUUAUCAUAAAGUUAUAAAAAUAUAUUGUAAUAAUCUUGUAUUGAUUUACUUUUUUUAUCGUCCUAUUAUGCAUUUAAUAUUUUUAAUUUUAUAAAUUGCAUUAUUAAUAAGUAUCUAACAACAAUAAGACAAUAUGGACAUGUGGUACAAUUGUAAUUUGUUGCAUACUAUUAUCAUGGGAAGUUUUAACAAAAUUUCACUUGUUAUUUAAAGCAUUAAAACAAUCUGUUUUGUGUUCUUUUUAUAUAUAUAUAACAGAGUGUAAUAAUUGCCUAAAUCAUUUACUAAUAUUCCUUCAACAAAAAGCUAUUUAAAUGUAUUAAAAAAAAAAAAAAAAAAAAACAGUACAAUUUUUUUAUAAUGAACAGGGUGCUUAUGCGAAUUUUAAUAUAAAUAAAGUUAUAAACUAUUUAUAAAAAAAAAUACUCAAGUGCCAAUAUCAUAAUAACUUAAUCUUCACUUUAUCAUAUUUUAUGAUAACCAGUUGUUUAAUACAAAUGCUCAACAUUUUGUGAUUCCCAUAAAUACCAUGAAAAUGCAAUUGAUACUUAGUAACUUUAUCCCAUUAUAUCUUCUAUGACCAUACAUGAACAUCACAUUAUUGUGUUAAGAUAAAUUCAGAGUUAAUGCAUUAGAAAUUAAACUGUAGCUACUGUCAUUUAUAUUUUUUUUAAUUCAUAUGUAAAUAUAUUAUACUUUUUAAUACAUUUGUUAUCUAUUUUUAUACAUUUCUGUAAUACGUUUGUCAUAUGAAUGUAUUAUUAUUAUUAUUAUUAUUAUUAAAACUAUUAGUUAAUGGCUAUUUAAACAUGCAACAUUAUAUAGGAGUACACCCAAACAAGGAUAUUACGCUUUUUUUAAUCCAAAUAUUUUAACCAUUAUUUCUUCCCUUAUGUCUUACCUAUUGUCAACUGAUUGAAUUUAAAAUACUUUAAAGAUAGUCAAAAAAAUUGUAUUUUGUUAUGAUAAUAAUAUGCAUUGUAUUUUGUACUCUUUUCUUAUGUAUAACAUAUAUAUGUAAUAUGUAUUAUAUAUUAUACACACGUCUGUAUAAUAUUAGAUUAAAUAAUUGUGUGUAUGUGUGUAUGUGUGUGAUCAGAUAUCGAACAGAGUGUAUUAAACUUUUUGAAAACAAAUUGUAAAACGGUUUGAAUUUUUAUCAUUUAUUUAUUUGUAUGUAUUGUUUUGUUGAAUAUAUAAAUAUGUUCAGUGAUGUGCCAUUUACACACAGUAGUUGUGUAUUCGCUAGAUUAAUAACAAAUGAUAAUUUGUAA